AUGUUUACGUCCCGCUCCAUAAUCUUUGCGCUGCUCAGCUUCCUCGCCGGUGCCAAUGCGGAUUCAUGUGCAGUGUGCCCAGGUCCAGGUCAUGCUAUAUAUGAGAGGGGGUUGGGUGCCGCUAGCCCUCGCCCCAAACUUCGACAACGUGACAUUUUGCACGCCGGCAGUUACGAUGGUUGGGAGAACGAUGGCACACGAUUGGUCUGUCAGUAUAACAGCGACAGCGGCGAGUAUUCAAGAUACACGAACAUCAGAUGGGAGAAGCGACCAACGGAGAGAUGGCAGGAUUUUGAUGGGAGGUUGAAGUUGCCGGUAUGA